AUGGGGAAGAUGAACAGAGGAAACCUGACCAGUGUAUCAGAGUUCCUCCUAUUGGGCCUCUCCAGGUGGCCUGAGCACCAACAACUCCUCUUUCCAUUGUUCUUGGGGAUGUACUUGAUCACAGUAACUGGGAAUCUAUUAAUCAUCCUAGCCAUAUGUUCCAAUGUUAACCUUCAUAGCCCCAUGUACUUUUUCCUCAUCAAUCUCUCCUUCACCGACAUCUGUUUUAUCUCUACCACAGUCCCCAAGAUGUUAAUGAACCUUUAUACCCAGGAUUAUACCAUCUCCUAUGUGAAGUGCCUGAUUCAAAUGUACUUUUUCACCUUGUUUGUUGGACUAGAUGACUUCCUCUUGGGUAUGAUGGCUUAUGACCGAUACAUAGCCAUCUGCUGCCCACUUCAUUAUUCAAUGGUAAUGAGCCCCAGAAUCUGCAUACUAUUUGUGUCUGGGUCCUGGAUCAUCACUAACAGCUGUUCCUUGUUACAUACUCUUCUAGUAAAUCAGUUGUCUUUUUGUGAAGAGAAUAUAAUCCCCCACUUCUUCUGUGACCUUUCAGCCCUGCUCAAGCUCUCUUGCUCUGAUACUUACAUCAAUGACCUAGAGAUUAUAAUCGUGGGAGGAUUUUUGGUUGGUGCCCCAUUUGUUCUAAUCAUGGUGUCCUAUAUUCACAUUAUUUUGGCCAUUCUGAAGAUCCCAUCUACUGGAGGCAAGUAUAAAGCUUUUUCUACCUGUGGUUCUCACCUCUGUAGUGUGUCCAUCUUCUAUGGAACCCUCAUGGGGGUGUAUUUUCUUCCCUCCUCCACUCAUCUAGACAAUUUAGACAUGCUAGCUGCCAUCUUCUAUACCAUACUGACUCCCAUGCUCAACCCCUUCAUCUAUAGUCUGAGGAACCAGGACAUGCAGAAUUCUCUGAGACUUUUUCUCAACAAGAGAAUAUUCUCCUUCAGGUGA